AGGGCAGCAGGGUUUGGCAUGUGUUGUUACCAGUGGUCAAGUCGCACUCCGCCGGUAUCUCUCCACAGUGUACAGAGUCUCAAACAAUGGCCUCCUCGGCGACUGCGUGUCGGCACGUCGUCGCGGUGCCGUACCCGGGACGCGGCCACAUCAACCCCAUGCUCGCCGUGUGCCGCCUGCUCGUCGCCGCGGACGACGCCCUCACCGUCACCGUCGUCGUCACGGAGGAGUGGCACGCGCUGCUGGCAUCCGCGCCCACGCUGCCAGACCGCGUCCGCUUCGCCACCAUCCCCAACGACGUCAUUCCCCCCGAGCGCAGCCGUGGGGUCGACCACGCCGCCUUCUUCGAGGCCGUGAGCGUCAAGAUGGCGGAGGCCGUCGAGCGGCUGCUCGACCGGCUGGUGCUGGAGCUGGAGCCCAGGCCGGAGGGCAUCGUGGUCGACACCUACCUGACCUGGGGAGUUGCGGUCGGCGCGCGGUGCCGGAUGCCGGUGUGCUCGCUGUGGACCCAGCCGGCUACCUUCUUCUUGGCGCUCUACCACCUGGACCUGUGGCCGUCGGGUGAUGACCACGAACACGAUGAAGAAUUAAGCACCAAGUCCAUGGAUCGGUAUGUCCCGUGCCUCUCAUCAGUAAGAAUGUCCGAUCUCAUGGUCUUCAGCCGAUGGAAGCGGCACAUGAAGAUAACAGCGGAGGCGUUCGUGAACGUGCGCAAAGCGCAGUGUCUCCUCCUCACCUCCUUCCACGAGCUCGAACCAUGUGCCAUCAACACAACAGCAGAGCUACUCCCGUUCCCCAUAUAUCCAAUUGGCCCUGCACACGUGCCGCCGGAUGGGAACACGGGCAGGAUCCAGGACGAGGAGCAUCGUGACUGGUUGGAUGCCCAACCAGAGAAGUCGGUGAUGUACGUCUCGUUCGGCAGCUACGCUUCCAUGCCGCGCUCGCAGUUCGAGGAGAUCGCCAUGGGGCUGCUUGACGCUGGAGUUAAGUUCUUCUGGGUGGCACGGGACAAGGCCCCUGAGCUGCGGCAGAUGUGCGGCGACAGGCAGGGGCUGGCGGUGCCGUGGUGCGACCAGCAGGAGGUGCUGUGCCACCCGUCCGUUGGCGGCUUCCUCAGCCACUGCGGGUGGAACUCGGUGCUCGAGGCCGUGUGCGCCGGAGUGCCGCUGCUUGCCUUCCCUGUCGCUUGGGAUCAGUUGGUGAAUGCCCGGAUGUUAGCUGACGAAUGGAAGGUCGGCAUCGACAUGAGGGAGCAUAGGGGACAGGAUGGGAUUGUCAGCAGGGCCGCCAUCUCUGAUGCCGCGAGGAAGCUGAUGGAUUUGGACAGUGCUGCCGGCCAAGAAAUGAGGAGAAGAGCAAUGCAGCUGCGCGAGGCUUCCCGUGGUGCGGUCCGGGAAGGAGGCUCGUCGCAUCGUUCGUUGAGCGGUUUCCUCAAGGAUCUCGCAGGGGGGGUCUUGGAGGUCGCCAAAAGUUCUCGGUGAUGGCUAGUGCCUGCUAGUAAGUGAGUGACAAAAAUAAAGUUGCUUACGCGUCAAAAUGAUGCACUGCAAUAUGACCAGGCGCACGUGUCAAAACCGUGAAAAAAAAAUGUAUACACUACGUUUCAGAAUUUAAAGUGUAUUGAUUUUAAUGCAA